UCCGCAGCCGGGUGCGCACGGGAGUCUCAACCGCGGCGCGUGGCGGCAGUGCCGGAGCGCUGGGCGCGCAGUCGGCCAGCAGCCGCGGGACAGCCUUGGCCGAACAGCCGCGUCGGGAGCCCAGCAGCCCCGGGCUGGGCCCGCGUCCCGGAGCGCCACCAGAGAGCGAGGACGACGUGGAGGCGGAGUGGCGCCCGGCGAGGUAGCGCCAGGCGAGCUGGAGACCAUGGCCAAAAUGGAGGUGAAAACAUCACUUCUGGACAAUAUGAUUGGAGUUGGGGAUAUGGUUCUUUUAGAACCUCUCAAUGAGGAGACCUUCAUCAACAACCUCAAGAAGCGCUUUGACCACAGUGAAAUAUACACAUACAUUGGAAGUGUGGUUAUAUCUGUUAACCCAUACCGGUCUUUGCCCAUUUAUUCACCAGAGAAAGUGGAAGAAUACAGGAACAGAAAUUUUUAUGAACUGAGCCCUCACAUCUUUGCCCUUUCGGAUGAAGCAUACAGAUCCCUACGAGAUCAAGAUAAGGACCAAUGUAUUCUCAUUACUGGGGAAAGCGGAGCAGGAAAAACAGAGGCCAGCAAGCUUGUCAUGUCCUAUGUGGCAGCUGUUUGUGGAAAAGGAGCAGAAGUUAAUCAAGUUAAAGAACAGCUUUUACAGUCCAACCCUGUCCUGGAAGCUUUUGGAAAUGCCAAAACUGUAAGGAAUGACAACUCCUCUAGAUUUGGCAAAUAUAUGGAUAUUGAAUUUGACUUUAAAGGUGAUCCGCUAGGAGGAGUAAUAAGUAACUAUCUUUUAGAGAAAUCUCGGGUUGUUAAACAGCCAAGAGGUGAAAGAAACUUCCAUGUGUUCUAUCAGCUGCUCUCUGGUGCCUCUGAAGAGCUCCUCAAUAAACUUAAGCUUGAAAGGGAUUUCAGCAGAUACAACUACCUGAGUCUGGAUUCGGCCAAAGUGAAUGGAGUGGAUGAUGCAGCAAAUUUUAGAACUGUGCGGAAUGCCAUGCAGAUUGUGGGCUUUAUGGAUCAUGAAGCUGAGUCUGUCUUGGCGGUGGUGGCAGCGGUGUUGAAACUGGGGAACAUUGAGUUCAAGCCUGAAUCUCGAGUGAAUGGUCUAGAUGAAAGCAAAAUCAAAGAUAAAAAUGAGUUAAAAGAAAUUUGUGAAUUGACCGGCAUUGAUCAAUCAGUUCUAGAACGAGCAUUCAGUUUCCGAACAGUUGAAGCCAAACAGGAGAAAGUUUCAACUACACUGAAUGUGGCUCAGGCUUAUUAUGCCCGUGAUGCUCUGGCUAAAAACCUCUACAGCAGGUUGUUUUCGUGGUUGGUAAAUCGAAUCAAUGAAAGCAUUAAGGCACAAACAAAAGUGAGAAAGAAGGUCAUGGGUGUUUUGGACAUUUAUGGCUUUGAGAUUUUCGAGGACAACAGCUUUGAGCAGUUCAUUAUUAAUUAUUGUAAUGAAAAGCUGCAACAAAUCUUCAUUGAACUUACUCUUAAAGAAGAGCAGGAGGAGUAUAUACGGGAGGAUAUAGAAUGGACUCACAUCGACUACUUCAAUAAUGCUAUCAUUUGUGACCUAAUAGAAAAUAACACAAAUGGAAUCCUGGCCAUGCUGGAUGAGGAGUGCCUCAGACCUGGCACAGUCACUGAUGAGACCUUCUUAGAAAAGCUGAACCAAGUAUGUGCCACCCACCAGCACUUUGAGAGCAGGAUGAGCAAGUGCUCUCGGUUCCUCAACGACACGUCUCUGCCUCACAGCUGCUUCAGGAUCCAGCAUUAUGCUGGAAAGGUGCUGUACCAAGUGGAAGGAUUUGUUGACAAAAACAACGACCUUCUCUAUCGAGACCUGUCCCAAGCCAUGUGGAAGGCCAGCCAUGCCCUCAUCAAGUCUUUGUUCCCCGAAGGGAAUCCCGCCAAGAUCAACCUGAAAAGGCCUCCUACAGCAGGCUCACAGUUCAAGGCAUCCGUGGCCACUCUGAUGAAGAACCUACAGACCAAGAACCCAAACUAUAUUAGGUGUAUCAAACCGAAUGAUAAAAAAGCAGCACACAUCUUCACCGAAGCUCUAGUGUGUCAUCAGAUCAGGUACCUGGGGCUUUUGGAGAAUGUCCGAGUGCGGAGGGCAGGCUACGCCUUCAGGCAGGCCUAUGAACCUUGCCUAGAAAGAUACAAAAUGCUUUGUAAACAGACAUGGCCUCAUUGGAAAGGACCAGCCAGGUCUGGUGUGGAGGUCCUAUUUAAUGAAUUAGAGAUUCCCGUGGAAGAAUACUCCUUUGGUAGAUCAAAGAUUUUCAUCCGAAACCCAAGAACAUUAUUCAAAUUAGAAGACCUGAGGAAGCAACGCCUGGAGGACUUGGCCACUCUCAUUCAGAAGAUAUACCGGGGGUGGAAAUGCCGCACACACUUCCUGCUAAUGAAAAAAAGCCAAAUUGUGAUUGCUGCCUGGUAUAGGAGAUAUGCGCAACAAAAGAGGUACCAGCAGACAAAGAGUUCCGCCUUAGUAAUUCAGUCUUACAUCCGGGGUUGGAAGGCUCGAAAAAUUCUGCGGGAACUGAAGCAUCAAAAGCGCUGUAAGGAAGCAGUCACGACCAUUGCUGCAUAUUGGCAUGGGACCCAGGCUCGAAGGGAAUUGAAACGCUUGAAGGAGGAGGCUAGGCGUAAGCAUGCAGUUGCUGUCAUUUGGGCUUACUGGCUUGGACUGAAGGUACGUAGAGAAUACAGGAAAUUCUUCAGAGCCAAUGCCGGAAAGAAAAUCUAUGAGUUCACGCUUCAGAGAAUUGUGCAAAAAUACUUCUUGGAAAUGAAAAAUAAGAUGCCUUCCUUAUCUCCAAUAGAUAAGAAUUGGCCCUCAAGACCUUACUUAUUCUUGGAUUCUACUCACAAGGAGCUAAAAAGGAUUUUCCACUUGUGGAGGUGUAAAAAAUACAGGGACCAAUUCACAGACCAGCAGAAACUUAUUUAUGAAGAGAAACUAGAAGCCAGUGAACUCUUCAAAGACAAGAAGGCUUUAUACCCAUCUAGUGUUGGGCAGCCAUUCCAAGGGGCUUACCUGGAAAUCAACAAGAACCCCAAGUAUAAAAAACUCAAAGAUGCCAUUGAAGAAAAGAUCAUCAUUGCUGAAGUCGUGAACAAAAUUAACCGUGCUAAUGGGAAGAGUACAUCUCGGAUUUUCCUCUUAACAAAUAAUAAUCUCCUUCUUGCUGACCAAAAGUCUGGACAAAUCAAGUCAGAGGUUCCCUUGGUGGAUGUGACCAAGGUAUCAAUGAGCUCACAAAAUGAUGGCUUCUUUGCUGUCCACCUCAAAGAGGGCUCAGAAGCAGCUAGUAAAGGAGAUUUUCUCUUCAGCAGUGAUCACCUGAUUGAAAUGGCCACCAAGCUCUAUCGCACGACUCUCAGCCAAACCAAACAGAAGCUCAAUAUUGAGAUUUCCGAUGAGUUCCUGGUACAGUUCAGACAAGACAAAGUAUGUGUGAAGUUUAUUCAGGGAAACCAGAAAAAUGGGAGUGUCCCAACAUGUAAACGAAAAAACAACCGUCUCCUUGAAGUUGCUGUCCCUUAACUGGCGCCUCCUCUCUACUUUCAUGGACUUGUUUCUUUGUAAUAGUGCAAUUUGGUUUUGUUUUAUUUGGGGUUCAUUGUAUGUUUGGGAAUCACCAAAGGCUUUUAGAGUUCUUUGGCAAAAUAAAAAUAUUUGACUAAUCAAUUUUUAUUAUCGGAAUAGUUUUAACCUUUCAAAUACAUGUUCUGUCCUGGAGCAGGAUUGUAGAAACUAACAGUGUCUAUUUUCAUGUCUGAUGUGUUCUUCGUUUAGUCAUCAUGUUAAAUCUGUGUACCCUAAAUCAGCAUAUUACUCAUAAAUCAUUAAUUCUUAUAAGUAUAGGAAAUGGUCUUAAAAGAUACUGCAUUCAUUCAUCAAAUAUUUAUUCCAUGCCUACUCUAUGCUAGGCCCUGUGCUAGAUGGUAUGAAAACUUAAUUAGGAAUCUUUUUGUUUUUGAGACCAUUGCAUUCUGGCUGAUUUGUGCUGGUUUAACGACAUCUAAGAAGGUUUAGAAAUGUUGAGACCAAAAUAAUAACUGUUAAUGAUGGACAGCAUUAUUAGGAACCCUGUAGUAUGAUAUUUAACAAUAUAGGCUUCAAGAAGGGCUGGUCCUAAGAGGGGGCAGAGACGAACAACAGGGUUAAAUCCCUCUACAUGCGGUUUCUGUUUGAAAAAAAGAAAACUGACAUUUGAACAGACUUUUAAUUUGUUUAAACCUCUGGUAAUUACUUGUAACAGUAGAAAAUAGAAGUCAUUCUUAUUUUAGAAAAAGUGACAGAAGCAGUCCAGUAAGAUUAUAUGUUUCUGUUUCUGGUAAAUGUCAUAUAUGAUCCUCGAAAUGAUAAUAUCUCCAGAAUAUUGUUUUCACCCAAAUUUGAGUAGAUAUUUUAAACACCUAACAAAGCAAAGGGCUAAAAGCCAUUCGGAUAGCAGUAAACAUUCUGUAUGAUGUGCAAUAAAACAUGCAAGAUCUUUUUUGAAAGUUUUAUUUAUAAUACACAUUUUUGUAUGAGAAAGGUGAUUGGUACAGGGUGCCUAUUUUAGUCAUGGAUCAAAAUUAAAUUUAUGUAAUUUGCAGGGCUUUCUUUCUAUUCCUUCAAAUUUAUAAGGGUUCAUUUUGGAAACUACAUUUUAAACUUUGGAAUCAAAUUGUUUCUUAUUUGGGAGGAUAAUGUAUAUACAUUGGUAUUAUGUUAAAUAAUAAAAGUGUUCUAAUUUGGUGCCAUU